CUUCGUUAUUUCUUGAAUUAAAAAAAAAAAAAAAACCCUUGACUCUUUUCCAAGUUCUCUCUCAGGUUUCCUCCUUUUCACUCUUUACGCUCAUUUAAUUCCACUCUUUCGUUUUUUUCUGUCUUAGUUUCCUAGUAACCAAACAGAGAAUAAAAAACCCAGAAAACCCACUCAAAUCUCUCAGUUGUAUCCAUCCUUUAAAUCCACCAAAUGACUGACACUUCCGAGGAAGCCAAGCAAAUCGAGAAGCUCUACGAGUUCGGGGAACGCCUCAACGAGGCAAAGGAUAAGUCUCAGAAUGUGAAAGACUACGAAGGAAUCAUCGAUGCCACGAAAACAAGCUUAAAGGCGAAGCAAUUGGCUGCGCAGCUAAUUCCUCGCUUCUUCAAGUUCUUCCCUAACCUUUCCAGCCGUGCUCUCAAUGCCCAUUUCGAUUUGAUUGAAGAAGAAGAUUUGGCUGUUCGGGUGCAAGCCAUUCGGGGGCUUCCUUUAUUUUGCAAGGAUACAAAGGAGUAUAUUUCUAAAAUAGUAGACAUUUUAGGGCAACUCCUUACUGCUGAGGAAAUUGUGGAGCGCGAUGCUGUUCAUAAAGCCCUAAUGUCUGUAUUGAGGCAGGAUGUGAAAGAGUCCUUGACAGCACUAUUCAAGCACAUUUGGAAUGUUGAGGAGCCAAGUCAAGAUGACACUAUUCGUGACAAGGUUUUGUGCUUUAUAAGAGAUAAGGUUUUUCCUCUUACAACUGAACUCUUGAGGCCUCAGGAGGAAAUGGAAAGGCAUAUAACUGAUUUAAUUAAGAAGAGUUUAGGAGACGUAACUGGAGCUGAAUUCAGAAUGUUUAUGGACUUCCUAAAAAGUUUGAGCUUAUUUGGGGAGAAAGCUCCUCCUGAGCGCUUGACGGAACUUAUUGGAAUAAUUGAAGGGCAGGCUGAUUUAGAUGCACAAUUUGAUAUGCAGGUUUCAGAUGCAGAUCAUAUAGAUAGGUUGAUAUCAUGCCUGUUCAUGGCUCUUCCAUUUUUUGUGAGGGGUGCAUCUGGCAGCAAGUUCCUUAACUACUUAAACAAGCACAUUAUACCUGUUUUUGAGAAGCUUCCGGAGGAACGAAAGCUAGAUUUGCUCAAAGCUUUAGCAGAAAUUUGUCCUUACACAACACCGCAGGAUUCACGCCAGAUUCUUCCUUCUGUUGUUCAGCUUUUAAAGAAUUACAUGCCUCGGAGGAAGACUGGAGAAGAAACAAACUUUACCUAUGUCGAAUGCUUGUUGUUUUCAUUUCACCAUUUAGCUCACAAGGCUCCCAAUGCCACAAAUAGUCUAUGUGGUUACAAGAUUGUGACUGGUCAACCAUCAGAUAGGCUUGGGGAGGACUUCUCAGAGCAUUAUAAGGACUUCACUGAGAGAUUGACUAGUGUUGAAGACCUAACUAGGGCCACCAUGAAGAAAUUAACUCAGGGAAUGGCUGAGCACAACAAAGCAAUGGCGGCUGCUAAAUCUGAUGAAGCAAAGGAUAGCAUUAAAGCUCUAAAGCAGAAUACUACAAUUGGAUUACGUACCUGCAAUAACAUUUUAGCUAUGACAAAGCCCUUGCAUUCAAAAACACCUGCAUUUAUUGGAGAUAAGAGUGUCAAUCUUUCAUGGAAAGAAGCUGUAAAACCUUCUGUGCCCCCCAGUGCAACUGCAACUGGGGUGAAGCGACCUACUAAUGCAGCUAAUGGAACCAAUAAUUUGGUGACAAAGAAAGGCCGUGGAGCUGGUGGUAUGCAAAAUCAGCUUGUUAAUAGAGCAUUGGAAGGUAUAUCUUAUGGUGGGAGGGGUGGUGGAAGAGGCAGGGGUAGGGGUUGGGGAGGACGUGGAAGAGGAAGAGGCUACCGGUAAUUUGAUGCAUGGAAUAGAGUACGAUGACAAUCUGAAUUUGGAGAAUCUGUUUGUACCUGAAGAAUAUGAAGAGAAGUCAUUGAUGUGUUAAAACCUUACUCUCUUUUCGGGACAAGUUUUGUUUGAUGCAGGAUGCUGAUGAGUUUCUAGAUUCAUUGUGGACUAACAACAGUCCUCUGGAGAUUGUUUUAAAGUUGAUUGGAUAGCAUUAGGGAUUUGAGUUCCUAAUCCUAUUCAAGUUAGUGCAUUUGAGGAACCAUUGCAUGCCGUGCUUCUUAAGAGUGUAUGGAAGGCUGUAUCUUAAUGACAGUUAGUUUCGUUAAGGAUGAAUAUUCAGACCUGAUUAUGUAGAAAGUGACUUUAGCUAAGUUAAUAGUGAAGACAAAACAAUUAAACUUGACUGUUGCUCUUGAAACUUGAUCUACAGAUUUUGGGUUGGGUGCAAAUCAAGCAUUAGUGGCGAGAGAAUGAGAAUUUGAACUCUGUAAGUCUUGUACAUUUGUUGCAUGUAUGAUUUAGUUAAACUAGUCUGUGAAUGGAGCUCAAGUUCUCCGGACAAGGUAUUUU